AUGUGGUCUUCUUUGGCGAUCCCUACCUUUCUCUUCCUGAGUUUCUUUUCUGUGGGAUUGGCCCCAGAUCCAGGGUCAACCACCCAUGGAAAUGACAUCUACCCCCCUUUCUGGGACCAAACUGAUGGAGACAUAGCAGAAUUUCCAGUGCAGAAUAACAAGAUAAUCAUUGAUCCCUGGAAAUAUAUGGAUCGACUAAGAUUAUAUAAGAUCCUUAUAACAGAAUCAAACAAAUAUUUUGCUUCAUUUGGAAAAAACAAUACAGGCAAUGUGUUUUGGCUACUGACUUUAUUUUAUGGAAGGCUAUUUAAAACAGAUAGAUUUUCAGAGCCUCCCAAUAGUUCCCGGUGUGCCUAUGAGUCUGGAGUCUCCAGCUGCAUAUCUAUCAACAGUGCCUGGGGAGGCAUUAGCUACUAUGUGAUUAUUAUGUAUUUCCUUGCUGCAAUUGAAUCUGACUUUUUGGGGAAUUUGCCAUAUGAGGUAGAGUUACUACCUCGAGAGGAGUACAGAUCUAACUUCUGUUAUUCAGUUGAGGAAUGCCGUGCAGCCUAUCCACAAAUUAUGGAUAUAGCCAACAGGCUUUAUAAGUAUCUGCAAUCCAGAAAGAUAGUUUCCAUUACCAGAGGUAUUCCUCAGUAUGACACAGAUGAGGACACAGCGAUCUUUAAGAUGUGGGUGGCCCAUCAAGCUGCCAUUGAUGUGGCAAAACCGAAGUUCAGUGAUGUAUCAUUCUAUUCUUCUGAAACUGAACGAGACUUCACUAUGGACUUUCUGGUGACUGCAGAAAUUUUUGAGGCAGUAUUAUAUCGUCCAUACUUUGAAAGUUCAGCAGAACUCCUAGUGGGUUUCCCACACAGGCUACUCACAGAUCAGGAUCGGAAUGUCCUCACGAGUAACUUCAGCAGACGGGAAAAAGCAUUGAUCACUGUAACAAAACUCACUACAAAAAUAAAUAAAAGCACAGAUCCAGGGUCAACCACCCAUGGAAAUGACAUCUACCCCCCUUUCUGGGACCAAACUGAUGGGGACAUAGCAGAAUUUCCAGUGCAGAAUAACAAGAUAAUCAUUGAUCCCUGGAAAUAUAUGGAUCGACUAAGAUUAUAUAAGAUCCUUAUAACAGAAUCAAACAAAUAUUUUGUUUCAUUUGGAAAAAACAAUACAGGCAAUGUGUUUUGGGCACUGACUUUAUUUUACGGAAGGCUAUUUAAAACAGGUAUAUUUUCAGAGCCUCCCAAUAGUUCACGGUGUGCCUAUGAGUCUGGAGUCUCCAGCUGCAUAUCUAUCAACAGUGGCUGGGCAGGCAUUAACUACCAUGUGGUUAUCAUGAAUUUCCUUGCGGCAAUAGAAUCUGGGUUUUUCGGGAAUUUGCCAUAUGAGGUAGAGUUACUAUCUCGAGAGGAGUACAGAUCUAAAUUCUGUUAUUCAGUCGAAGAAUGCCGUGCAUCCUAUCCACAAGUUAUGGAUGUAGCCAACAGUCUUUAUAAGUAUCUGCUGUCCAGAAAGAAAGUUUCCAGUACCGGAGGGAUUCCUCAGUAUGACACAGAUGAGGACACAGCGAUCUUUAAGAUGUGGGCUGCCCAUCAAGCUGCCAUUGAUGUGACAAAACCAAAGUUCAGUGAUGUGUAA